AUGACGUAACGUGCGUCAGCCGGAAGUGGUUCCGAUUGCGGAAGUGCAGCUACAGAUGCUGUAGGCGCAGCUCACCGAGGCGAUUUGUUCUGGGACAGCAUCUUGGUUCUUGGUGUUCAGAUUCAGAUGCAUGCGGGUCCGUGGGAGCUUCGGGUUACAGGUCUAUCAGAAAUGUAUUCUGGCGCUUGAACCCCCAACAACAACAAUAAAAACGUAGUGUUGCAGAAGCCUCCUGCCUGGCAGUGCGCGUGGUCCAUCUCCACAGACUCCUCCUCCGUCUCGUCUCAGCCGCCGUCAUGGCCGACCACAACGACACCAGCCUGCCGCCGGAGGAGCGCGUCCGCGCUCUGACCAAGAAGGGCAGCUCGGUGGAGGUCAACGAAGACGUGCCGCCGCGCCGCUACUUCCGCUCCGGGAUGGAGAUGAUCCGCAUGGCCAACAUCUACGCCGACGAGGGCAACAUCGAGCACGCCUUCGUCCUCUACAACAAAUACAUCACUCUCUUUAUAGAAAAACUUCCCAGACAUCGGGACUACAAGACGGCCAACAUUCCCGAGAAGAAGGACACGCUAAAGAAACUGAAGGACGUCGCGUUUCCUCAAGCGGAGAUUCUGAAAAAAGCCCUUCUGCGCAAAUUUGAGCAAGACUACGCACAGCACCUCGUGAAGAAGAGGGCGGAGCAGGAGGCGCAGGCGCGCGAGCUGUCCAAGCGGCGCGCGCUGGACGCGGAGCGGGAGCGCGUGGCCGAGAUGACGCGGCGCCAGCGGGAGCAGGAGCAGUUCAGCGCCUUCGAGGAGAUGAUCCGCCGCCAGGAGCUGGAGAAGGAGCGCCAGCGCGUGCUCCUGGAGUUCGCCGCGCCCGCCGCGCCCACCGGCGACGCGCCGCUCCUCCCGGGCAUCCAGGGACCCCCGCCGCAGGGGCCCCAGGCCGCCCCGCAGGGCCCGGGGGACCCGUCCGCCGGCAACAACAACAACCACCAACACGAGCGGCCCCCAGCGACCGCCAUGCCCACCUUCGACCGGUCGCUGAAGCCCGGCGCGCUGGUCAGCCCGGGGAACAACACCGGCAUGGAGGACGCGCUGCGGCAGCUGGCCGUCCCGGCCGAGCUGUGCCGCAGCUUCCUGAGGCUGGCCGAGGCCAACACGAGCCGAGCCGUGGAGACGUGCGGCAUCCUGUGUGGCAAACUGACCAGGAAUGCGUUCACCGUGACCCACGUCCUCGUGCCCAAGCAGUGUGGUGGGCCCGACUACUGCGACACGGAAAACGAGGAGGAGCUCUUCCUCAUUCAGGACCAGUACGAUCUCAUCACGCUGGGCUGGAUACACACUCACCCCACGCAGACGGCCUUCCUGUCCAGCGUCGACCUGCACACGCACUGCUCCUACCAGAUGAUGCUGCCGGAGGCCAUCGCCAUCGUCUGCUCGCCCAAGUUCAACGAAAUCGGCUACUUCCGGCUGACGGACCGAGGAACCAGCGAGAUCUCCACGUGUAAACAGAAAGGCUUUCACCCGCACAGCAAAGACCCCCCCCUGUUCACGCACGCGGGUCACAUCAACAUCACCGACGACACCGUGGCCGUGAUGGACCUGCGGUGAUUUUCCUUCCUUUCGUUUCUUUCACCGGAACACUUGGAGUUUUUUUUCCAAAGCGGGACGUUUCACUGGAGAAAACCCUCACCUUACGGCGAGGACGGUACGGAGCGACUCUUUCUACAGACUUGACUUGUUCUCUGAGGGAGCAACCGCGUGAACCUUUUUUAUUUUUUUUUUAUUUCGCUCCGUAAGAAAAGAAAUAUCACAUUAUUGCACUUUCCGAGCAAACUACUUCUACCCAAACCUCCGGCUCUUCGAACCCCUCCGUUUCUGUCUCAUCGUUCUCUCCUUCGUUACCGUUCAGCUAUUCGCCUUUUUGUCAUUAACAAAAUAACUGUGUGUUCGUCGGUGUCUGGUAACCCAAAUGUUUGUUCAUCAGAGGUCUGUUCUACAGAUGAAAGUGCCAAGGACGAGAACGCUGCGUGAAGUUCAGUGUGAGGUCGGUUGCCUCUCUGUCGUUGGGUGUGUGUUGUUGCAGCGAUGGGAGAGAUGAAGGCCAGUUGUGACUCAGGUGUGCAGGCAGCCUCGCUGCUCUGUGUUAUAUAUUUAUGAGCAACAUCCGUCACUUCAUCUACAAAGAGCUUUGUGUAUUCCUGCUUAUGAGGAUUCCACCUUUUUAUAUGUUUUUACUCCCUUGUUCUCUGAUUAUGUUAAGGUGGUGGUGGGGGGGGUGAGAUCAACCUGAAUGUACCUUCUGCUCCACGUUAACAGGCGACACUAACAACCCCAGACCGGAUCACGCCUCGGUUCUUUGUUCGCUCCCUUCUGCUUGUUAGAAGUGAACAACUAGCCAUAACUUCCAAUGAUUUAAUACUAAAUUGAAAUAAAGUCAUUGUAGAUGAAUUCA